AUGCCGCUGAAAAUGCGCCCCGCAACAACCGCGGACGGGCCGGCCCUAACCGCCGUCUAUCUCUCCGCUUUCAGCGACAACCCCGUCGCCGCAACGUGCUUUCCAGCAAGCUCGCAAGAGUGUCGCGACUUUCUCCUCAAAGCCUUCGCUGAUGAAGCGACAGACCCGCGCUGCAGCGUGUUCGUCGUCACGGACCCCGACCACGUGGAGGACCCGGAGCUGGUCAUUGCCUGGGCGAAAUGGGUGCAUCCAGCCAAGGACGGCGAAGUGAAUGUGGAGCCACCGCCGCCGGAAGACGUUUGGCCACAGGAGGGUAACCCGGACUUUGCAAACGAGUUCUUUGGCGGUAUUGGGAGGAAGCAUGCGGCUAUCCUUGGCGAUGUGAGGCACUGGUAUCUCGAACUCAUUGUUUGCCGCAAAGAACACCAAGGGAAGGGUGCGGCGACGCCAUUGCUGCGAUGGGGAUGUGAGAAGGCCGAUGAAGGGGGCUCAAUAGCGUUUCUGGAGUCUAUGUCCAAGGCGAAGGCGGUCUAUGAGAAGUACGGGUUCGAGCCAGUGGACUACAUGGAGUUUAAGACCCCAAGCGGAGUAGUGGUCUCCCAGGAUUUUAUGUUGAGGAAAGGGAGGGCAGUGGGGGAUUAUGAACGGGUCAUUGCCAACAUAAGAGGCCUGAAGUAG